AUGAUAUCAGUAAGAUUCUAUGGAACAAGAGCAUAUCUUAUAGACAAAAGUCUUAUACCAGUAGUUUUGUUCUGGAUUGACCCAGUUGUUGGAUAUAAUUUCAUAACAUAUGGUUCAUUCGAUACGGAACGUUGCAGUGAGGGCUUACUUUACAUCGUUCAGAAACCGAAGGACUUCAAUACAAAGAGAUAUAAGAUAGGAAGAACAUUUAAUAUAAGUAGUAGAUAUGACAGUAUAGUCAAUAGAGUCAAGGUUGCGUUUGUUAACGAUAUGAGAGCUGCUGAAACAGAACUACUUGAAAAGUUUGAGAAAAUGUAUGGUGCUCCCACGAAAGGUAAAGAAACGUUUGAAGUAGAUGAGAUCGACAAAGCUAUAAAAUUAUUUGACGAAGUUGCUGAAAAAUACAUGUAA